UGAGCCAGCUCUGGCCGCACACUCCCACUCUCGCUCCGGUGCCGCUCCGGUGGCGGCGGCCCCGCUCCCGCYGGCAUGGCCAAGGACUCGGAGCGUUACUACGGCAAGCACGGGACGCCGCACAAAUAUGACCCAACUUUCAAAGGUCCCAUUUACGAUCGGGGCUGCACGGACAUUGUCUGCUGCGUCUUGCUGGUGGUUGCCAUCGUGGGCUACGUGGCCGUGGGCAUUGUGGCAUGGACGCAUGGAGACCCCCGGAAGGUGAUUUACCCCACGGACAGCCGGGGCCAGUUCUGUGGCCAGCAGGGAACUCCCAACGCGAACAAGCCUUUCCUCUUCUACUUCGACAUUGUCAAGUGCGCCAGCCCGCUGGUGCUGCUGGAAUUCCAGUGUCCGACCACACAGAUCUGUGUGAACCGCUGCCCGGAUCGGUUCCUCACCCUGCUGAGCGCCUAUAGCUCCAGCGACAUGGAAUAUUACCGGCAGUUCUGCGUGCCGGGAUUCGACAACCCACUCAAGAGACCCAUCGAGGUGCUGAAGAACAAGGAGUGUCCGGCCAUGCUCAUUCCCAGCACGCCACUGGCUCGCCGGUGCCUCCCCGCCGUGCAGGCCAAGAAGGGAGUCAUCAUGGUGGGCAACGAGACGACCUACGACGAUGGCAAAGGACAACGCCGGAAUGUCACAGAGCUGCUGGAAGGGGCCAAGAAAGCCAACGUGGUCCUGGAAGCGAGGCAGCUGGCCAUGAAGAUCUUUGAGGACUACACGGUCUCCUGGUACUGGAUAAUCAUAGGCCUGGUGAUCGCCAUGCUGGCCAGCCUGCUCUUCAUCGUGCUGCUGCGCUACCUGGCCGGCAUCAUGGUCUGGGUGAUGAUAGUCCUGGUGAUCCUGGUGCUGGCCUACGGGAUCUUCCACUGCUACCUGGAAUAUGCCAAGCUGAAGGGAGAGGCCGGCUCCGACGUCUCCCUGAAGGAYCUGGGCUUCCAGACGGAUCUCCGUGUCUACCUGCACCUGCGGCAGACCUGGCUGGCCUUCAUGAUCAUCCUGUGCGUSGUGGAAGUGGUGAUCGUGCUGCUGCUCAUCUUCCUCCGCAAGCGCAUCCUCAUCGCCAUUGCGCUCAUCAAGGAGGCCAGCAGGGCCAUCGGUCACAUCAUGACAUCCCUGCUCUUCCCUCUCUGCACCUUCUUCCUGCUGUGCCUCUGCAUCGCAUACUGGGCCAGCACCGCCGUUUUCCUGGCCACCUCCAACGAGGCUGUCUACAAGGUGUUCAACGAGACAGCGUGCCAGUAUUCCGGGCAGACCUGCAUGCCCGAGACGUUCAACACGAGCAACGUGACCAAGGCGUGCCCGGACGCCCAGUGCCUCUUCGCGUUCUACGGCGGUGAGAGCGCCUACCACAAGUACCUCAUCGCCCUCCAGUUCUUCAACAUCUUCAUGUUCUUCUGGCUGGCCAACUUCGUGAUCGCGCUGGGCCAGGUGACGCUCGCCGGCGCCUUCGCCUCCUACUACUGGGCCUUCAAGAAGCCCGACGACAUCCCGGCGUUCCCGCUCUUCUCUGCUUUCGGACGGGCGCUCAGGUACCACACUGGCUCGCUGGCCUUCGGAUCCCUCAUCCUCGCCAUCGUCCAAGUCAUCCGGGUCACGCUGGAGUAUCUGGACCACCGGCUGAAAGCCGCAGACAACAAGGUCGCCAAGUUCCUCCUGGGCUGUCUCAAGUGCUGCUUCUGGUGCCUGGAGAAAUUCAUCAAGUUCCUCAACAGAAACGCAUACAUCAUGAUCGCCGUCUACGGCACCAACUUCUGCGCGUCCGCCCGGAACGCCUUCUUCCUGCUCAUGCGCAACAUCAUCAGGGUGGCUGUUCUGGAUAAAGUCACCGAUUUCCUCUUCUUCCUGGGCAAACUGCUCAUCGUGGGCAGCGUUGGGGUCCUGGCCUUCUUCUUCUUCACCCAGCGAAUCAAGCUGGUCCAGGACACAGCCCCAUCCCUCAACUACUACUGGGUGCCAAUUCUGACGGUUAUCGUGGGCUCCUAUCUCAUCGCGCACGGUUUCUUCAGCGUCUACGGCAUGUGCGUGGACACGCUCUUCCUCUGCUUCUUGGAAGACCUGGAGCGCCACGACGGCUCCACGGAAAAGCCUUACUUCAUGUCGCCAGGCCUGCAAAAGCUGCUAAAGAAAAGAAACAAAGGUCACCCGGAUGCAUAGCCCCUUCCCGGCCUCCCCUUCCCGCUCCCGGAGAGGAGCCGCCGGGAUCGCGUGCAGCACUAAGCGCCCUUUGUCCGGGGUGGAAAUGUUGGGAAUGAAUGGCCAACAAAACCACAGUCCCCGUCACCUGUUUUCAUUYGUAGCAGCCCCACGAGGCAGUGGAGA